AUGCAUUUAAUGUGUGUGUCGAACACGCAGGAUCAAAUGAGCCCUCUGGGCACGGCCGACAACCAAUCGCGCAGACCGUCGCGCUCGCCGCGCAAUCAGCGCAGCCGCAGCGCCGACGUCGACUGCCUGAAAAAGUACAUGGAGAAGCGGGUGGAGGUGCGCCGGCACACCGAGGCCGGCGAGGUGUCGCGCUGGAUACCGCUCUCGAAGAGAACCUCCCUACCGGCCCGGGAAAACGUGAUUAACACUCUGGCGAAAACGAAGAUCGUCGGAGGUAAUGACUCAGCUGGAAAUAGAGAAGGACACAUCUACUACAAUCCGGGAGUGGAGCGGCUGUCGCCGCGCAGAACCAACGCCUCCGGCCGCGAGAUAGCCGAGCCGGUGGCCAAGUGGGUACCCGCGCGCUACAGCAUCGGCACCUGUCGCGCGGACCUGAGCUUCGAGGACGAGUCCCAGAGGGCCGCGGCCAUGAUCCGCCAGUCGCAGCGCAGCCACAGCGCCGACGUCAGCUACAUGAUGGCUGCGAGGCGGGACUCUGCGACCUCCCGCUGGAACGAGCGCUACGUGAAUCUCGGCGACGCGCACCACCACCAUAACAGGCCCGUCGUGCCCAUGCUCUCCUAUCGCUGGAUGCCCGAGACCGGAAUAACGCCGGGCUCGCGCUACAUACCCUCGCCGCUGAUCGGGCGACGGACGAGCGACGGCGCGGCCCAACCGCCGGGCAGUCCCAAUCGGUGGCUCACCUACGUGCGCAAUCCCACCCCGAGUCCGGCCCAGAGGCGCAUGUCCGAGCGCCAGAUGUCCGAGUCCGAGCAGACGCCGAGGGUCGAGGAGGAGACCGAGGACGAGGACACCGUGACCCCGGAGGACUCCGCCGCCAAGGACGAGCAGAGGAAGAAGGAGGUGGCCGUGCUCGGUGGCUGGCAGCCCGUGAGAAAAUUCGAGUCGACGACGCAGACGGCCACGAUGAUGACGACGACGACGACCAUGACGACGACGACCGUCAAGAGCCCGGUCGCGACGGCGUCCACGGCGACCCACGUGACCACUUCCACCUCCAUGGAUAGAGGAGACGAGGCACAAGUGCCGGACGACAGCCGUGUAAAGCAGCGCUUGCGCGAGCUGUACGAUUUCAAGACCGAGACCGAGUGGCCGAAGCGAGUCCGGCGCGAUUCGGAUCGAAGCUUGCUGUGGAUCAGUAAAAGCAGCAGCGAAGAAGAAAAACCUCUUCACGUUCAGAACGCUCAACAACAGCAGCAGCAACAGCAACUGCAACAACCAAAUCAACCUCCAGCGCAGAAGCAACGGCUUCAAACUUCGCAAUCGUUGCCGCAGCAGUCGGUGACUCGUCAACAGCAGCAAUACAAGCUGCUGGAGGAAGAAGAGUCGACGUUGGUGGACAAGCAAGUCGUCGUCGAAUCGGGCGGCCCGGUGGUGGUGGCGCAGGUGCGUCGCAACAGUCAAGAGCUCGAGUUCAACGAUCGUACGACCUCGUCGAGCAGCAACCCGAGCACGUCGAGCACCCGCGUGUCCAUCUGCUCGGUGCGCUCGCUCCAGUCGUCGAGCGGCUCGAUCCGUCGCAAACUGCCCGAGCCGCCGACGCAGAUGUCGCGGCGCAGCUCCAGCAGCUGCAGCAACAAGGAGCAGGUCUUCGAGCCCGUGAACGCCGACGACGUCUUGCUGGCGGCGGCGGUGGCGGCAGCGCGACCCAGAGUAGCUGCUCCCUUCAAGCUGCGCGAUCAGCGUCGCACCUACUCGGACGACUACGAGAAUCCGGCGCGUCGGCAGCGGCUCGUCUCCGAGGCGAGCUGCUCGUCCUCGAGCGGUGUUGGUGGUCCCCCCGCCGGCGUGUUCCGCACCGGCUCCAUCUGCGUCAGGACCUCGAGGUUGCCCAGCACCGAGUCGAGCAGCAGCAGCGGCGGCUGCUCCUCGGCCUCGGUCUACAGUCCGCUGAUCGGCAAGCGCGGCAGCAUCGAGUACAAGCCGAGCGGCCAGCGUCGCGUCGAGAUUCAGCACCGGCGCACCAUGAGCCAGUACGAGCCGAGGCCGAGGCUCAGCGGCGCGCAGCCGGCGCUGAUGCCGGGCAGGCCCCGUACCCCGCUGCCGCCGCCCGAGAUCGAGGACCUCUACAAGGAUUUCAGGGCGGCCUCCGUGGCCACCGCCAAGGGUCCCGGAUUCUCCUCGAGACAGAGAAGGAACAGCACCAGAUACAAAGUCUAUCUCACCUAG